AUGGAUCGGGGGAGGCUUUCGAGGUCUUCUCGGGACGCUACGUCAAGCCGACCAGAACGCGAUUCCCAGCGUACGGCCCCGACCAAGCCCAAAAUCGGCUGGAUGGACCUUCCGAACAAAGACCAACUCUUCCUCCUCGCCCUCUGCCGCCUCAGCGAACCUCUAUCCAACGUCUGUCUCCUCCCCUACAUCUUCUAUCUCGUCCGGUCCGUCCUCCCCAACAAAGCCAUCGAAUCCAGGGACGCCGGGAAGGAUUCCGAUUCUUCGGUGCCCAUAUCCGAAUACUCCGGCCUCCUCGUCGCUUCAUUUCCCUUGGCGCAAUUCGCCGUCAGUCUCGCGUGGGGCUACAUAUCCGAUCGUUGCGGCAGACGGCAGUCUAUCAUCUUCGGCCUCCUGGUCUCCGUCAUCUCGAACGCCGCAUUCGGCCUAUCCCGCAGCCUUGGCGCUCUCUUCUUCUGGAGGACACUUGCGGGUCUGGCGAACGGAAAUGUCAGCAUCAUGCGGACCAUGACUGCCGAGGUCGUUAAGGAACGCAAGUUCCAGACCAAGGCUUUCUUGCUUCUGCCCUUGGUAUUCAACUCGGGUAUGGUCCUGAGUUUGGCUCUCGGAGGACUUCUUGCCGAUCCCGUUACGAAUCUUCCGUGGGCGUUCGGACCCGAAGGCUUCUUGAACUUUGGCAGGAACCCCAAGGGAGUGGCCUGGGCUCUUGCCUACCCAUACUCGCUUCCUGGCUUGAUGAACGCGGCUAUGCUUGGUACCGCGUUGGCUCUUUCGUGGCUGCGGCUCCGCGAGACGCUUCCCGGUGAAGAGUCCAAGUCCGACUUUGGUCUACGCAUCGGCGAUUUUCUUAUCCGCGUCGUCAGAAACUUUAUGGGUGAGCGGGACCACGCAGAAUACGUGCCCGUAAAUGACGAGGAAUCUAUCGGCCUAGGGAUCUCAUCCCCAUCAUCUCCCUCCUCGACGACGACUCCCGAUUCCGAAAGCGAGGGAAAACCUCCCACCGCAGCAAACAGUCCUCAUCUUCGAGAGAAACCAACGCCACCACCAGCACGGCUCCCAUUCCGCAAGAUCUGGACCACCAAAGUCCUCACAGCCAUGAUGGCCUUUGGUCUCCUCCCUCUCCACAACUCCGCAUUCAUGCACAUUUUCCCUGUCUACCUCUCCAGCCCACCGGCCGAAAACAGCUCCCCAACCCUCUUCUUCUUCAGCGGCGGUCUCGGUUUGCGGUCCUCAACAAUCGGACUAUGGCUCUCCGCUGCCGGAAUCGGAGGAAUUCUCCUCCAGCUCUUCAUCUAUCCUCGACUCCAAGAGCGGAUCGGAACCCUGGGCAUACUAAAACUAUCACUUAUAAUAUUCCCCUUUGUCUAUGGCCUAGCUCCGUACCUUUCUCUAAUCGAUCGAGAUAGCGUUCUUCGCUGGCUCAGUCUCGGUGUCGUAAUUUGCGGCCAGAUUAUGGCACGCACGAUGGCCAUUCCCAGCACUGUGAUCCUCCUCACCGAAGCUGCGCCCACUAGGACAGUUCUGGGAACCGUCCAUGGUGCUGGGAACAUGAUUUCGAGUCUUGCGAGAGCCGUGGGGCCCGCUGUGGGAGGUAUGGUCUUUGGCUGGGGUAUAAAGCAUGGUAUGGUUGGUGCAGUGUGGUGGCUGUAUCUCGUCUGUGUGGCCCUUGUUGCGCUAGUUUGGACUGUGGUGUUCCAGAGGCGAGGAGAAGAGGAUGACGACUGA